AUGAAUGACCGCUCAGGUCAGGAUGCCCCCUCUUCUUCUCGACGCGGGGUUCAGCUACUUUCAGAAGAUUCUGACUCGGACGAUCAGCCCUUGGCUCAGAGACUUCGCCGUAGAGCCCCCGAUCCUAGCCAAGAUUCGGGCCCUUCCGCUGUUCCUCCUCCGCCUCCUGUUAUAACCCCAACUCCUGUCUCGAGCCAGGCAGAUGGUUCCCCUGCUCCGCCCGAGGUUCAGGUCGAGCCUCACUUAGCUCAACCCUCCACUUCGCAACAGCAACAGAGCACUGAGGUUGGCCCCUCGCAUCGCCCUUCACCAGCUACUUCCCCUCCAGAACCUUCUCAGGUGCCCCCUUCAACUCCUUCUGGGUCAGCUGCUGGGCCUUCUAGCUCAGCUGCUGAGCCUUCCCAACCACCACCACCUGUUCCUCUCUAUUAUCAUACCAUUGCUCCUUCUGAGGCUGAGUUACAAUCACGGCAAGAUGUUCCCACUAGCUCCUUGACAAUGAAAGAUCGCUUGGCCACUUUGUGGGAAGAAAAUAUGCAUCAGAUGGAACUCUUACCGCCCCCUGUCCAAAUGGAUAGAUUCUCUGAGCUGUAUAUCAAGGCCUGUGCAGAGUCCCUGAUGAUAAACCAGUCCUUCCAUGAUAUUCAUCAUCAAAAUAAGGUGCUGCAAGAUAUGGUAACAGAAUUGGAGCUUCAAUUAAAGGACCCUGCGCAGGCUAGUCAUGCCCUGAGAGCCGAAAUAAAGAAUCUGACCAAAGAGAAGAACCAUCUAGAAGUAUCCUUGGCUCAUACUAACCAUAAGCUUAAGGGACUUCAAGAAGAAAAAAUCCAGGUUGAUGUUGUGCACCAGCAACGCAUGGACCAACAAGCUUUGGAGCAUCAGCAAGCUAUUGAUCAAUUGACCCAGAAGUUGCGGGCUGCCGAGACUUUAGCACAGGAGUAG